AUGACACGACCUCCCAAUAAUGACAACCUUAUGACCUUCAAAUUGGUCGUGGUUGGAGAUGGAGGCGUUGGAAAAAGUGCACUCACUAUACAAUUCUUUCAAAAAUUAUUUGUUACUGACUAUGAUCCUACUAUUGAGGAUAGUUAUAUUCAACAUACAGAGGUAGAUAAACAAUGGUGCAUCUUAGAUGUGUUAGAUACAGCUGGUCAAGAAGAAUUCAGUGCCAUGCGUGAACAAUACAUGCGCAAGGGUGAUGGGUUUCUAUUAGUAUACUCUGUGACUGAUAAACAAUCUUAUGAAAAUAUCAUGAAUUUUUAUACCCAAAUACUUAGGGUAAAAGAUAGAGAUGUAUAUCCUAUGCUUCUGGUAGCCAAUAAAGUUGAUUUGGUACAUUUGAGAAAAGUUACAGAGGAACAGGGAAGGGAAUUGGCUCACCGGUUGGGUAUACCUUAUAUUGAAACUUCUGCCAAAGACCCGCCAUUAAAUGUAGAUGCUGCAUUCCAUGAGGUCGUUCGUAUUAUCAGAAAUCAACCUCCAGCCGAGUUGGAAAAAAAUCGGAGGAAACGAAGACGUUCGGGAAAAUGUAAUCUUUUGUAAAGCUUGAAAUCAAUUGGGUAAUGAUUAUACAUUAUCUUUUAUCACUUCUUUCAUAAAAAGUGAAACGCACCUGCCAAAAAACAAAAAAAAAAAAAUGAAAAAAUGGAUCUUCUGUCCUCCAUCGUAUAUAUAUAGGUAUAUAUGAUUCGUACAUUUUUCUUUUUUUUUGUCAAUUCACAUAUGAGUUCGUAGUAUUAAUAAGCAUCAAUCCCACCCUUGUAACAUAAGUGUACAAAAUAGUAACGAUAAAAAAUGCAUCGAUCGAAAGAAAAACAAUAUUACGUAUCUCCGAAACAAAACUAGAUUUUUUAAAAAAUCAAUUCAACAUCGGUUUAAGAUUUAAAAUAUUGAAAAAUUUAUCGGAGAUAAAUUGACUGUUCAUCAUCACGAUAAUAUGAGACCACGUCUCAGUACGCGCGUAUACAUCAAUUUUUUACCAUCGAAAAAACACUAUGGAAUUGAACGUUUUUUAUUGCACAAUGCAUAAUUCUAUAGAUAUCUUUUUACUUCUUCAUGUAAUAAGAUCUUGUCAUGAAAUGACUAUAAUAGUUUCAUAUAUUGACUCAGCUCCUUUUUUAAAGCAGUUACAAAUUAUAGCUUCAAGCGUCUUUAUUUAUUUUGUUAAGAUGAUUUCUUUUUUAUCUUUCUUCCAUAAUUUAAAUAAUACAUUUCUUGACACUUUAUUAUUUUCUUCGAAAUAUUCUGUUCGUUUUUUUAUUAUAUUUUUUUUCUUUUUUCUAUUAAAUUCGUAUAAAAAUUUUUAUUAUUAUUUAUUGUUAUAAAUCUUUAGUCAUCGUUUUUUUUUGUAACGAUGUAAAUAAUAUUCGAAAAAAUUUAUUCUUUGAAUUAACAACGAGUUUCUCUUUCGUCAAUAAAUAUACAUUAGGUAUUUGGAGCCUAAUGAAUAACAAAUAUUUUGAAUCAGGAAUGAAGUAUUUAACGUAAGACAGUAUUGCCUUUGCUAUUAGAUUAUUGGCUUUCAUAUUUACAGAGGUCUGAUAUAAAAUAAUUAUCGUGUUCGAGCGCAAGAAAUAUCGCUCGAAGCGUUAAGUUUAGCUAGGAAGUCGAGAGAUGUUGUUAUAUUAUUAUUAGAGAAGGAUGUGCAAUGAACGAUAUAUUGCGUUUGAAAUAUAAGUAAAAUUUUUUUUAAAAACGUUGUUUAGAUUUUGUUUAGAUUCUAAAUAUUUUUUCCUCUAUCGUGCGAGUGCAGUGUGCGAAUUUUAAUUAUGUCAGACCUUUUUUACGUAUAUUGGAGAAAUAAUGCCAUGGCCUAUCUUAGUAUUUAAACGUGAAAAGGGACGUGUGUGUGUAAAUGAAAUUUAAUGUUAUAUGUGAAUGCAAGUACCAAACAGUGGAUUAUUUUUCGUGCUUAUACGGAUUCGAACGUUGCAAUCUGUCGUGCAUAAUAUUCGUCUUAUAUCUUUUACGUACUCAAUACGUACAGUAAAUUAUAAGAUUAUCAAUGAGGAGAUUAUGACAUGAAUGGCUUGUUUAAUUAUUUUCCGUUGAUAUACGGACAUAAUAAUAAGUAUUCGUUUGCAGUUUUAACUUUCUCAUCGAAAGAAUUUAUUCACGGAUCGUAAAAUUUAUACGUAAAGUAUAUUCGCAACGUAAUACAAUGAAUAUUUCUUUAUUGUUAAUGACGUUGUUUGUAAUGAAUACGGAAAUAUGUUGAGGAAAUAGGAGACGAAAAAAGCAGUUUAUUAAUUGCUUUAGAUGUUUUUUUCUUUUUUUCUUUUUUUUAAAUAAGAAACUAUGUUUCAUUUUUUACUUUUACACAGCAAUAUCUUUGUUCUUCGUUAUCGAGACACGAUUACACAGUAUCAUAUUUUAGUGUACGCACAAAGUGCUUUACUUAUACGUAGGAACGGUGUGAAACUGAAUAAUAAUACGUAUUUAUGGUAUGUACGCACAAGAUGUGCACAAAUAUCUUGGCGUCACCGAUUAAUUCUAACAGUGAAACAUAUUUGCCUUGAGAUAAAAAUAAUUUGUAUUGUAAACGAUGAAGGGGAUAACGAAGGAAUCUGGCUAGUUGCCAUACGUAGAGAAUCCACUUCGAUAUUCUUUAACGAUAAAAAAGAAAAAAAAAGUGAUUAUUGUAUUUUAUGACCAGUUGACACGUCGGACAGAUUUAGAUUUGAUAAUAUUCUUCGUUAAAAAAAAAAAAAAAAAGACAAAAGGAAAACUGCAUAGAUGUCAUUCGUCGAAGUGCAACGAAGUAUUAGAAAAAGAAAAAAAAAAAUGAAAAAAAAAAAAAGAAGAACUGAAAACAAUGACUAUUUUGCUCUAUUGAUACUUUCGUUUGCCAAUGAGAGGUUCAUAAAUUAAGAAAACGUUAUUUUAGCUAAUCUAUUCUCUUAGAUUUGGAGUAUGCUCAAUGCGUAGUUUAAAAUUGCACUGCACGAAUAAACAAUUGUACAAAUUUUACCGAAAAGUUUUUACAAACGACAUUACAAACUUAUGAUUCGGUUACGGUUUUCAGUAUGAGAUAUUCGCGAAUCGUGUAUCGUUCUGCAUAAAAUUUGCAAAUUGUACGCUAGCGUACAUUACUAUUAUUGUCCAUCCACGAGAUUCGAGCGAAUAUGUGGACAACCGAAUUGAUUUCUGCAUCGCGCGUCGAUGUAUUGUUCGCGUGAUAUAAUACGGGUUAUUACAUGCACACAUUUCUCUCGCAAGUGUGAAACAAAUCGCGCCGCUUCAUUUAAAGCCCGUUUCAUUCGAUAGUAGAAUGUUACCUCGCGAAUAAACGUGGACCAUCCAUUUCGACCGAUCAAUUGGAAAAUUUCUACGUUGUAAUAAUGAUAUUACGAAAGAACGUUUUGCGUAGAUCCAAUUAAAAUUAAUCGAACGAUGGCCCCUUUCAAGUGGCCUCAGAUGGAUGUAAAGUCAUUGUUUCGUUCCGUUGUGGACUUGUUUUUUUCUCUCUCUCUUUGAACGAAUGAAUUAUAUUAUUACGCGUUAAGGAUUAAGAAAUGAUUUAUAACAGCGAUUAUAUCGGGGAUAAUAAGGAAACGAAAGAGAGAACUGUAUGAUACUGUGGGGAUGAUAUUGUGAACAAAUUUUUAGACACUCAGGAUUUAGCGUUCCUCGCAUGUUGUAAUAUGUAAUCUGUAAACAAAAAGCGCUACGUUUUUUAUCGCCGUCCAUGAGAGAGGUUUGUUGGGAAAAAGGGGAAAUAAAGGGAAAUAGAGGCUCAUCCGUGGUUACAUAUGCAAUAUGUACGACACAAAUGCAGAGACGUUGCAGCACAAUAUAUCUCAUAUUAAAUCGAACUUCAACGUAGUAGCGACGAAAAUUAUUACGAGCUAUAUCGCCUCGAUGUAUCGACGUUUUGAGGAAGAGAAAUCGCGAAAGGCUCGUUAUUGCGACAAACUUUUUAAAAAGAAAGGCAAGAAGAGGAUUAUUAUCUAAAUGAAAUAGUCAAUACGUUGAAUCAUUGUGAUACCGAGUGGAGAAGAGUGGCAAAUGUUAGUGAAUGCUGUGGUUUUGUGCGAGUCAUCGAAGUCAGUUGGAUUUAUAAAAUAACUGUCUUUCUUUCGUCUGUCAAUCCAGGAGGCGAGGAUUUUUGAAUAUUUGAACGAAUCGAGAGGUCGAUCGAAAUAACAUACAUAGACGGGUGUUCAAUUAAGAGGAGAAACGACCAACGUGAUUCAUACACACAGUCGCGAUGAAGUGAAAAUAGAAAAUUUGAGCAACUCUCUGACUUCGUUCUCGUUUUCUCCCAGUAUUGACUAGUUAUCUAUUACACGUUCGAGUACCGCACAUCAAUAUAGCUGUUAUCGUUAAUUUUUUAAUAGAAAGAACAAAAAAAAAAGAUCAUAUAAUGACGCACACAAAAAACAAUGAACUACGCAUAAUAAGAGAGUUAAUAAGUUUUUAAGAUGGAGUACGAUCGUUUCCACCGUUCUUGUUCUAUAGAUAGUGAUGAAAAAGAAAUAUAUACAUAUAUACAUAUGUAUACAUAUAUAUAUAUAUAUAAAUGUAUAUAUGUAUAUAUAUUUUGAAAACAAAGAACAAAAUGAAGAACGAAAAUUCCUCCCCAAUGAUAGUUAUAUACGAGAGAUGCUGACAUAUAUACAUUGUAUAUGUAAAAAAAAAGAAAUAUGUAUGUAUGAUACAUACGCGUGCAUGUGUUAUACGUAUAUAUAUAUAUACAUAAUGAUAAUUUACUUCUCUCUAUGCGUAUACGCGAUGUGGGCGUAUGUAUAUUUUUUUUGUUGGGCGUAUGCGCGUGAAUGUGUGUGUAUAAAUAAAAUGUGCGUGUCGCUACUUGUGCAGGUCACUGUAUGGAGUACACAAUUGAUAAUAAAUUAUGGACACAUAUUUACAAAAAAAAGAAAAAAAGGGAAAAAAAAAGAAAAAAAUAAAAAAGAA